AGUGACGACACUGAAUGUUUAACUUUUUAGCCAUUUAAAAUUAAUUUCGCAAUUUCUUGGAGCCCCAACUCCAUGGAGGGCGUCUACAGUUGGAGUUUCUGACUGAAUGAAGUUGCUGGAGGUAACAGAGGAUGCGCUUGACCUCCCACCACGUGAUGCUCUCGGUGCUUGGCAUGUUGCGGAGCGGUUGAGCGGCAGUCAGGAGCAGUUAGCUGCCCGUUAGCUCGGUGCCGCUGCGGGGGGAAGAAGCUGUUUCUGUCAGCUACCUGCCAGAGAAGAGCUGUUCAUACGAAGAGAGGCAGACUUUCCGGAGAAACUUUGAGAAACGCUCCCUUUUGUCUGCUGCUGGAAUUGUGUACUAAUUUUUGAAACUGCGACUGAGUUUGUUUACAUCACGAUGGCGCAUAUGCUCCAACAGAGGCAGGGGAAACUAGCCAACAGCAGCUAUCUUGGCUAAGUGGUGAGAAAUACUUGAACCGCUGAGAGGCUGGGCCCGCCUCAGACUAGAGUGCCGGUGGUUGCUGCUCAGACAGAAGUUUGACAAGGGCCUGUUUACUACUCCGCUGCCCGGAUACAAGGAAGGCCGACAUACACUGGGACCACACACCCCGAGCCUUCUCUUCGAGGUCCGGCCUUGGGGGUUUGUACACUUUUUCUGGACAGCAGUUUGAAGAUGAACUCUGAGGAAAUGUGCUGUGACGGUACGUGCCUUUAUCCCAUGCUUCAGCUGUGAACUGCUUCGCAACACGUUAGUGCAGCACUCCGUUUCCUCUGGGCAACCCAAAUCGCUAACGAUGUCGAAAAUAACAGGAAAGAAGAAAAGUUGCUUCGAGAUUACGAGUGUAACUCCGGCUCAGAAAAGUGAACCGGAGGCGGGCGGGAUCGUUGUUGGGGACGGCAGCGAGCGGCUGGACGAUCCGCAGGAACCCAGGACUGAUCCCAGGUCGCCGGGGGGGUGUGACCGGAUCUCACCAGACGACACUUUGAACAACGUUGGGGAGAAUCAGGAGGGCCAGCUGCCUUUUAUAAACCCUUUUAGCGGGGGGAUCUCUAUGAAAUCUACAUCCAGUGGUCGUAACACCCCACAUAAUGUAGGGGGGAGUGUGCCUUUUGUCCCCAGCUCCCACAUAGUAACCAGUGCUACAGCUGUUAUUACCAGCAUGAGCCACACAGCGCCUAGCAACAGUUGUAGUUCUCGAUUUAGAGUCAUUAAACUCGACCAUAGUAAUGGAGAGCCCUUCAGACGGGGCAGGUGGACUUGUACUGAGUUUUAUGUGAAAGAAUCGGAUUCAGGAGUUCAUCGGACUGUGGACAGCCUGAAGUCCUCUCCAUCCAUCGAUCACAGUGUGGACAGAGACAGUGGGAUAGGAGCUAUUUGUAAUUCUAUUGUCGGUAGCAGUGCUUUUCCCGCACAGGCUCUGGAGAACUCCAUAGAUAGUGGCUACUCUGUCUCCACUGGACACCACACCCACUCUCAGGCCCCAGAGUCCUUGCAGCAGGGCUACAGUUUGUCCCCUCAGAUUGGGAGUGGAGCAAGUGCCUUCCAGCCCACGGGGUAUGCAGCAGCAGCAUCACAGCAAUCCAAACAGGCUCAGGUAACCAUGUCACCCGUUACCCCCCAGACUUUCAUACCUGACAGCCUCAAUGGUGUGCACCAUGGUGCCAUCAUACCUCCUGCUUCUCUUCCCCAGCAGUUUGUCUAUUCUCCCCUUCCCAGCCAGCAACACUUUGGGUCAAGCACCCAGAAUCUUCCUAUUACGUCCUCCUCCGUAGGCUCCACCAGUCAGGUAUCAUCACCUCAGUUCACCCUUGCUGGUCCAGGAGCACAAGGGCCCAGUGGAGAUGUGAGUUUCAUGCAUCAGGCGGCCAAUGCAUCAGUCGUGGCCCCUGUAAUUUCAGGAAGCAUACAACAGCAGCCUUCAGGAGGUGCGGGCAGCACCCCUGCACCCUCCGCGACCGCCGUCUCUAUCCACAGCGGUGGCCAGAACGUGCCUGCCACAGUGCCAAGUACGACCAGCGUACCUCCAGGUGUGUCCAGUCAGGCGCCUGGUAUAGCAGGACUCAUCCAGCUGCAGGGAGCGUACGGAGUUGUUAACCCGGCGGAGGACGGUUGGAAGAUGACCGAAGCCCUACCUCAGCAGAGCGUUGGUGUGGGGGCAGUGAAAGACCAUGUGCAGUCUCCUAUUGGCGAGGGCCUCAGCUUGACCAGUCCGGGUGUCAACAGCUUUUUCGGCAUCCAGAUUACAAUGAAUGAGGAUGGAGACGGUGCAUCUGGUGCCAACGUGGUCGCCAUCGAUAACAAGAUUGAGCAGGCCAUGGACUUGGUGAAAAGCCACCUGAUGUAUGCUGUCCGUGAGGAGGUGGAGGUGCUGAAGGAGCAGAUCAAGGAGCUGUACGAGAGAAACUCUGUGCUGGAGCGUGAGAAUGCCGUGCUGAAGUCGCUGGCUAACACGCAGCAGCUCAGCCAGCUGUCCAACCAGCUCAGUUGCCUUUCGCCGCCGCUGCAGCUGCAGCUGCACCAGCCCCCGUUCAUCAAAAACAGCACCCAUUCCCUGGUUCACCAUGAGGGAAGCCAGGGCGUCUCCUAUCAGCCAAACAUCACCUCGGCGUGAACCCCCUUACCCUCCCUUUUUUCCCCCUUUUUAACCCGUGUUUAAAGACACGCCUCCCACAGACAGGAGCAGAAUGUCCUCGUUGGGGAAAGACAUCAACAAACUGUCCUCUCAGCCCUUAAGCAAAAGGCUCGGCUCUGCUCGGUGCAUUUGCAUGCAUUGCUGCCAUUGCAGGGCCCUCACAUUAAGACAUUUACCAACACUUAGUCUUAUUGUGUCCUGUGUUUGGCGGCACGUGAGCCGUAAAACUGAAUGUUGUCCUUGAGCAGGAGAYGAGGGAUGGGAGGGGGGGUUCACGAGCUUGGUGAGUUUAAACUGUUGGGACAAACAGUGCUGGAAGACGGUGUUGCAACAGCAGUCCUGCAAAGAAUAUGUAAAAUGAAACUGAAACUGUCCUCCAAGUGUCCACUUCCCCACAACACUCCAGGGCUGGAAGAGGAGAAGGCCAGACGUGGCGCUGGUCGGAAUGAGCAAAAAAAAAAGAAUACGUCCUCGUUGAGUGGAGGAGGACGAGAUCGGCCGUCUCUACUCCAUCAGAGCGAGACGAGAACCUCUGCUUUUUAAAAAUACAUGUAUGCUGCAUCGAAUGCUUGUUUUCUCAAAGCCUCUGUACUUUGACAUGAAUCGUAAUAAAUACUCAUUAGUUGUUGAGUUUUAGCAAUUCAUUUAUUUAUUUCAGGGCUGCUAUUUUCAUAAUGUAAAAUGAACAAUGUCAUGAAGUUACAAAUUCAAAAUGACUUUAGUUUUUUUUGGGUAUUUUAACAUCUGUCGGAUAUAACAGCUUCUGGUUUUCCAACGUAAAUAAGUAGGCAAUAAGUUCCUUGGUUGAAAUUGUUCUCAAGAACUGGUAACACUACAGGUUAGAUCUUAUGAGGUGAAAUCCAGGUUGAAUGUAUAUUUUGUAAAGUAUUAAAAACAUGGAGGGUUUGUACAGGACAAUACCUGUUAUGAUAUAGCAUAUGUGAUGGGAUGUUUCAGUAAAGAAAUUAAUUUACUUUUUGGCUUUUUUUUCUGUUGACAAAAACAAAUUUUGGGGUUUAUUUUUUUUUGGGGGGGGAAGAGAUGAAAAGCUGUGAAAAUUGUUCAACCUACUUUAUAACCAAAGACUCAAACUGUGUUAAGUCAUUUUCAUUUUUAUUAAAUGCACAUGUUUUUUUCUAACUCCUUUAUGGUUUUAAAAAAAAAUUUAAAAAAAUUAUUUUGUGGGUUUGGAUGUUCUGCAUGAUCUGUAACCAGACCACCUUUUUACCUCAUGUUUUUUUUAUUUUAUUUUUUUUUUUUUUAGAUCCAGCAAUCUUAUUUUCUGUCAAGUCUGUGAAUGAUUGUUAGACAAUUUGUGAACGAGAAUGGGAACUGUGAGCAGAAGGGGUGGAGUAAGUAAGUAAAAUGUUUGACGCAAAAGGUUUGUGGCGGCAAAAUAAACAAAGGCUGGAGAUGUGUUUUUGUUCAGCGAUGAAGGGAGGAAACCUUGUGCGUAAGAUGUAAGGAGUCAUCUUUGUUCUCAUGUUGAAUCCGAUGUUCGGAGGAAAGCUGUUGGCACAAUUUCAUCUGCAAAGUGCAGCACUUUGCAUACAAAGACCAGAGAGCAAUAUUCGUGGAAACUUAAAACAUUUCACACUUUAAAGCCGCUGGGCUUAUUAUGGGAUGUCCUGUCUGUUUCACGUCUCUGUGCCUCUGGUGCCGAUGCCUUCAGUCGGCGGGCCGCUUGGUCCAUUUCUGUGGCUUAGAACCAAACCAAGCUGCUUUUAAAUGUACAAUCAGACAUCUUUUUUUAUAUGUCUUUCUUUCCCCUCUGCCCCCCCUCUUAUUUUUUUGUUCAUUUGAAGGAGACGCCGUGUACAUGCUAGAUGUACUGUAUGAAAGUGAUCACUGAGCCUUGGAGAAAAUAUCAAAACAAAUGCCCUUGUAAUGUGCUGUUAAAGAAAAUUUUAGUUUUCAUUCAGAAAUAAAUGACUUGUUUUACCACA